GUGGUGGAAAGGGAUUUUCCGACUUAACAGACAUCUCGACUGACCGAUCUAGACCGAUGCCAAGAACAAAUCGGAACUCUACUCAGUCAACAUCGAUCCUCCAAAGAGGGAAGCAGUUGAAGUGAAACUGAAGAAACUCACAAAAAGUGGUCCAGGAAAAAGUUCAUCGAACAGUUGCACGGAAUUUGAUAUCCAAUAUUAGUUAACAAAAAAAGUGAAAACAUUCGACUGAAACAAAGAGCAUUUUCUUCUUACUGAACAGUGUGAGAACGAUUUCUGAAACCGGAAGCAUUUUUGUGAUUCUUGUAUUAUAUCAUCAAGUUGAGAAUACUGUCGAUCGGUGAUUGAAGUGUAUUGCACAUCGAAUAGGACUAAUUGAAUUUUCCUGAGCCAGUCAGUUUUUUUAUUUGGGAUACGAUUUUCAAAGUCGAAUAAUCGCGAUGCCGGCGGAGUGUGCGGCAAACCCGCUGCAGCGGGCCCUCGCAGACGCCAUCAUCCGGAUGGUUCCGAACGAUGAGUUACGCAUCCUGUUGGCUUGUGGAGCGAAGGUCAACGAGCAGGUAACCCAGGGUUUAAGACCGCUGCACUAUGCCGUGUGGCAGAACAACGAGGCAGCCGUCAACCUGCUGCUGGUACGGAACGCCGAGAUCGAUGCCAUCGACGAGGUCGGCUACAGUGCCCUGCAUCUGGCCGCCGAGCAUGGGUACUAUGAUCUAGCUAAAACUCUUCUCGAUAGCGGAUGCAAGGUAGAUUAUCGGGAGCCUUCGGAUGAUCCCUACCCGAGGACUACCCUGUGUGAUGAACCGCUUCGUUUGGCUUUGCGCAACAAGCACUACGAAGUGGCCCGUCUUUUACUGUCACGUGGAGCGGAUCCAAACAAGCGUUACUUUUUCGGUUCGGAAAUUAAUCUGGCCAACGACAUCGAAAGUUUGGAGCUGCUGCUUGCUUAUGGGGCAAAUACGGAGGCAAGGGAUCGUUCGGGAAUUACUCCGCUGAUGCGAGCUGUGCGAACCAAUGGAAGCAUAGAUUCGGUGCUGCUGUUGCUGCAGUACGGUGCCAAUGUGAACGCCAUGACGGAUGCUCGGAACGAUUACAGAACCGUGCUGCAUUAUGCCGUCCUAUCAGGAAACGCUUCGCUGGUGAACAUGCUUAUCAAACAAGGAGCCCGAGUCGACAUCCCUGCGCCUCUCCCUGAACCGGACAGCCCUAGCCCACUGGAUUUAGCCGUUCUUAGGGGAGAUCCGGUCCUAGUUCGGAUACUGCUGGAAAACGGUGCCAACGUUAACAGAAGCAACCCCAUCAUCGGAUCACCCCUGCACGUCGCCUGCGCCGAUAACAUCCCGAACAGAGUGGAAAUCAUGAAGAUGCUCUUUUCAUACGGUGCAGAUCCCAAUAUGCGGGUUAUCGGUGACGUUGCUACCAAUGCCAUUCUCAGACCCCCACUAGCAGAGCUGGUCGCCAGCAACCUUGACGUUACCCCAGCCGAGCUUCGCAUUCUUAUGCGAUAUGGAGCCAGGGUAAUCCUGAAGACGCAGUUCCGGGACCCGGACGGUCUGCUUAACUUUGUCAGCAACAUGGACCCCAAGUCGGACUCCUUCCGGAUACUGUUGGAAGCUGCCGAAGAGUUCGAUCCCUGCAUGAUCCGUCGUAAUGCACUGCUCAAACCCGAACAGCGAAAGCUGUUGCUGCAACGUGCCACCUCCCCAAUGACAUUGAAAUCUCGGCUGCGAGCUCACUUCCGAAGAAUCUUCGGCCGUAAUCUACCGGAAUUUGUACCGUCGCUGUUUAUCCCCCAGGAGCUCAAGAGCUAUCUGCUCUAUGAGCACAGCUUCUAAAGGUGUUUUAGAAUCCACACAGGGCCAACCAUCGAGGUACAAACUUAUUUGUAGAUCUAGAUUUUGUUUUCAUUGAUGCUGUGAGCUCAGAAUAUUUUCCUUUCUUGUGAAAAGUAACGGUCAUGUAUGCUCAAUAAUCCUCCACAAUCUAAGACUUAUGUUAUAGCAAUCAAAUGUAUUCCUACCAAGAAACGUACGCACUGUUAUUGAUAGAGAUACGUAUAAGUUUAACAAAACUCUUAUGAUACGAUCCAGAAAAGGCUCGUUUCACUGCCCUGUUUCAUAAACCGAAAGAUGGAUUCACUUAUUUGCAAAAGUUUUCCAGGAGAAAGCGGAACUAGUUUAGAGCUAGCAAUACACAUAUUCACGUUUUAAAGGAAACAAACUGUCUAACGGUGGUAGUGAUCACAAGAUUUUUUUGUGAUAAACACAAAUGUAGCACGAUUCGGAUUUAAUAUUUCUAGCUUAUGGAACAUUUGGACUUGGCGCAACUUUCUAGUGAUAUUGAUUUGUAGGUUUAAAUUUUUUGUGUCUAA